AUGGAUGAUAGGUAUUUUCCACCUUGCAAAAUUGGUUCAUGGCAUGGGUUAGAAUUAGAGGAUGUGCAAGAAAAUGAUGAACUCAAACUGGUCCCAUCGUUACCGUCUAUACCUCAGCCACCUACUCCACACGAGCCUAUGGAGUUCUUAUCCAGAUCAUGGAGUCUCUCUGCUGCAGAAAUUUCAAAGGCUCUUUUGGAAAAACAGAAGCACACAUUCCAUGACAAAAAUCAAGUCACCUUACCAGAAACUAUUUUAGCACCUCAACUAGUGACAGGUAAGAUGAUACCUUCUCCUAGAAAGAUGAGUACCAUAAGUAAAUGGUUUCAUCAUAAGCAUAAUGGGAACACCAAUAUUACUAUAAAGAAGAAGGAUCGGGCACGGUUAGAAAAUGCACAUGUGCAUUCCGCUGUGUCCAUUGCUGGGUUAGCUUCGGCCUUGGCUGCUGUUGCUGCAACAGAGAACUCUAGUCUCUCUCACUCGAAGUUGAACCUUGCAAUGGCUUCAGCCACACAACUCUUGGCAUCACAUUGCAUUGAAAUGGCUGAAAUAGCCGGAGCUGAUCAUGACCAUGUGGCUUCUACUGUAAAAUCUGCUGUUGAUAUUCAAACUCCUGGUGAUCUUCUGACUCUCACAGCUGCAGCUGCAACAGCUUUGAGAGGAGAAGCAGCUCUAAGAGCAAGAUUGCCAAACGAAGCAAAGAGAAAUGCAUCUAUAAGUCCCUAUGAUAGAGUACUUCUUCCACAAACUCAUUGGUUUCAUGCUUUUGAUGGUCAAAUAAGUGAACACCAUCCGCCAUGUGUGGGAGAUUUGUUGCAGCUCACACGAAAAGGUGUAUUACGAUGGAAGCAUGUUUCUGUCUACAUCAACAAGAAGUGUCAGGUCAAAAUCAAGAUCAAAAGCAAGCACGUUGGAGGAGCCUUCUCCAAAAAGAAUAAAUGUGUGGUUUAUGGAAUUUGUGACAAAGAUGGGGCGUGGCCAUACAGAAAAGAAAGGAAAACCUCUGAAGAGUUUUACUUUGGCCUCAAAACUGCACAAGGUCUUCUUGAGUUUAAGUGUGACAGUAAACUCCACAAGCAAAAAUGGGUUGAUGGGAUAGGGUGUCUACUUCGUCGAGUUAACUCUGUUGAGGCAACAGAACGUUCUCUAGAUUUGUUAAGUAUUAACAGCGACACGUGA